AUGAAGUGCUCUUGUAACAAUGAUUUGAUUAAAUAAUUUUCAGAUUUCAACUUGUACAUUUAAACUUGUAUUUAAAUUGUUUCUAAUAUUCAUAGGUAAAAAUUAACAACUAAUCAUUAAAUGUUAAGGAUCACCUGAAACUAUUAACGAAAGCAAGAAUCUUGAAUAAAAUCCUUUUACAUAAAUUUUUGAAUUCAAUGCAAAUAGUUAAUGCGUAUAACAUAAUAUAAAUUAUAGCAUUUUAAAAUGUCUAUUGAUAAUGAUAAUAAUUUCAGAAUUAUGAGUUCUUAAUAGCCUGUUAUUAAUCAAUGCAUCUGCUAACAUGAAUAAAAAAAAUAGAAAAAAUAAAAAAACAAAGCUAAAUAACCAAAACCUAAACUGGAUGUUGAAAAAUCUCAAGAAAACUCAGAUUCUAAAACUACUCAAAAAUAAUCCAAAAUUCAUUCUUAGGUGAAUGAGGAUAUUCGCAUUUUUGAAGAUAAAAUUCGAUUAUAUACAUCUGAAAUAGAUGAAUCGAAAAAAAAAACAUUAAAUCUUCCAAUAAAGUGGAUAAAAAAAUUGGGAACUUAGAAUAAGAGGAUAUGAGAAUGAUAAAAAUACAC